AUGGACUGCAAAGCCCUCACGACCAAGGGCACCCAGUGGCACUUUUGCCCAUCCAUGAGCGCCUCGAUCGUCUUUACGAUUCUCUUUGCCGGCGUCACGCUCCUGCACAUCGUCCAGGCCAUUUUCCACCGGACCUGGUACAGCUGGGUCAUCGUCGUGUCUGGCGCACUGCAGGUGGCCACGUACGUCUUCCGCGACCUCAGCAUCCGCGAGCCCGACAGCGAGAUCUACUACGUGCUGUGGUUCGUGCUCAUCCUCAUCGCCUCCGUCUGGACCAACGCCUAUGUCUACAUGGUCUUUGGUCGCAUGGUCUGGCGCUACCAGCCCAACCGCACCGUUCUCAAGCUCAAGGCCUGGCACUACGGCACCUCGUUUGUCCUCCUCGACAUGCUUGCCUUUAUUGUGCAGGUUGGCGGCGCGGUAAUGGCGGCGCGCCCCGGCGCCAAGAUGGAAGAUGUCAUGCGCGGGCUGCAUACUUACAUGGUCGGCGUCGGCAUCCAGGAGACUUUCAUCCUCUGUUUCUGCGUCGUUGUCUUUGCUUUCCUCCGAGAUCUCCGUCGCCAGCGAGGCAAGGUCGAUGUUUCUUCACCAAUCCUUUUAGUCUGGGUUCUCCUUGCUGCCUUGUUCUUUAUCACGGUCCGAAUCGUGUUCAGGCUGGUUGAGUAUUCUAGCGGCCUCGACAGCUCGAUCCCCAACCAUGAAGGCUGGCAGUACGGACUCGAUUCGCUCCCGAUGCUGAUUGCGCUCUUACUUUUCAACCUCUUCCAUCCCGGUCGGAUCAUGCCCGCGGACGAAACCAAGAUUCCUUCCUUCUUCGAGCGAAGGCGCCUAAAGCGCCACGGCGUUGACCUUGAGAAAAAUCCGUACUACGAGCACGCCAUUUGA